CCCAAUUUUACAGAUCGACAGAAACUCUCGCGAACAUUACUUGUCAUACCCUUGGUUCCGAAGGAAACCUAGAAAACGAGACACCUGAAGAAGUCUUGCAAACUCUAAGCCUUGAACAUUUUUCUGAUACGUCACCAAGAAAUUUGGCCGGAGUUAGAAUAGUGCGUACGCAACAACCGCUUUCUUUCAAUAGCCAACACCUUGGUACUCUUCAUCAUCGCGCUGCAAUUCUGCCCAAGCAGUUGCCUCAAAGGAAACCACCGAAUCACAAUCUUUCCUCGGCCGCCUCAUAAUAAAACAAGAAAAUCAGUUCGGCUCAUUAGCAAGAGAGCCGUGCCGAAACUUCAAGUUUUUGAAAGAAAUGGAAACACGUGAUAUUUAGACUGCUAAUGGAGAAGAUAUCCUUGGGGGAAAAUCUCAUAUCGCUGAGUUGCAUCUCUAGGUUAACAGUAAUAACCAAUCAAACAUACGACAAUGUAUUAAAGAAAGAGAGCAAAAAAAAAACAUCUAGAAAUGGGCUUUCCUUCAAGAUCACGAGAUCCCUCCUCACCUCGGACAGCACAAUUCUCCUACAAGAUGUCUCACACCUACAUCCACAACGUUUUUUUUCCCAUGGUAAUACAACGGUAAGCAUAUAUCCUUAUCCAACUCAUACUGCUCGACACCAAACUCCCUUCAAACUUCUCAUCGAGGCACCAAACUCAGCUGAAGAGUUUUCCAGCACCGACUCAGCAUGUCACGCAAAGACAUCACCAUCAUCAAUCUCGUUCCACCAUCACACAAAUCCUCCACCUCUUAUAUCAUAUUCCCUCUCCUCCCUGUCGCCACAAAGGCACAUCCUCCUCUCACAAGGCCCAGCCCUCUUCACGUGCAUGGCUUUUCGAGAAGACUAUCGCCAUCCCUGUCGCCACAAAAUGUCCAGACUCCCAACCAAAGGCCAACACUUUCCCUCCAACAUCAGUCCACUCUCACGAAACCCUUCAACUCCAAGCAACACUCUCCCAAUUGAUAUGACUCCAUAUCACAUCUCCCCUCCAAGUAUUCCAAUGCGGGUCCCUCGCCUGUGUUGCCCGCCAAGUUAUAACAAAGGGCCCCUGCCCCUCAUUUUCUUUUUCGUCCCAUCAAUCCUGCCAAUCCCACCCCGUGCGAAUAACGUCAUUUUUAACCUUUUGUCGUGCUCGUCCACUGCAUACGAACGUUAGAAGGCUCCAUCGCAGCCUUGCAGGAGGAUUGUCGAGUAUCGUAGCCUUGUCUUGGCUGGAUUGAGAGAGUUUGGAGUUGGGAACGAAGGUAGGAGGCGUG